GCUGAUUGAUUGAGGUUAGGUUGUUCGCAGUCCGAGUGAUUUUCCUGUUUCUCAAUUUUCUCCAAAGCAUUUAAAAAUAAAAUUAGUAAAAUGGACCAGAUUUUAGCAAGAGAUUACUCCAACUACCUUACACAGAACAGCAUUUCCAAAGAAGUUGAUCCAAUCUGUCGGAAUAUCGAUGACAUGCUCACCCGUCUAGAUGAAUUUGAGAGUCUGCUGAAUGUGGUCAAAGAGAACAUCUCAGUAAGUACUGAUAAGAAUUUGACAGAAAUCAGUGCAUUCCAGAGCGACUUCACUGAGCUUUGUCGUCGAAUUGACGGUUUUGAGGCUUUUGUGGGGAUAGCUUCUGAGAAUCUAACCCGAAUGGAGGCUCAUGUGAGCGUAGCUGAGCAGGAAUUGGGCUAUACAGAAUCUGGACUUAAGGGUUUCCUUAAACCGAUUUUUGGACGUCAGAAAGUGGAACAUGAGGCAACAAAUCUAUCCCAAGAUGAUGUCUACGUUCCUCCGGAAGUCUAUAAUACCUCAGAUUUCUUUCCGGAUAGUUCAUCAUGUUGAAGAAAAUGUUCAGUGUGAGAGAGAGAUAGAGAGACAAACAAUAAAUUCUGUUAUUUCUCAAUU